UUCUUCUUCCUCUCCUCCUCCCUUCGUUGCCUCUUUCUUUUCCCCCCAAAGGGUUGUUCUUGUUAUUGCACAUAUUGUUUUGACUUCUCUCUCUCGCGCGCGCUCCCCCAUUUGCUUCGCCGUCUCUUGAAGCUCCGACAAGUUCUCGUUGGAUAAGUUGGUUCAACUGUUUAUCCCGUAAAGUCUCUCUCUCUCUCUCUCUCUCUCCCCCUUGGUUGUAACUCAAGUUAGCCAUAAAGUGCAAACAGAACGUUUCUGAUUCUGGGGGUUUGAUAUUUUACAUAUUCUGGGGUUUUUUUCUGCAGAAUUAAUGGUAAAUUUCAGAAAUUCUCUAGAUGGGUAUUUCCGGAUCGGAUUAAAGUCUCGUUUUUCGUCAUCUUUUAUGGUUUCCUCCUAGCAAUUGCGUCAUCACUUGAGAAGCAUCAAAAGCAGAAAAAAAAGGAGAAAGCUUUCCAUUUGGUUUCCGGAUUUUAUGGCGGAAGCAAGCGGGAAUGAAAUUGGAAGGAGCAGAGAAAUGGCGGUGGCCACUAAUCUAUCUCUGGAUAUUGAUAGAUUUCCGAGAGAUCUUUUGCGAGGUUUCAGGUCCGGCGCCGCAGAUAACGACGGAAGAAGUUUCCGUAGUAAAAUGUUUUAUGGGGAAGACUGUACGGACGUCGACGAAGAGAGCGAGAUCGAGCUGAAUCUGGGUUUGUCACUGGGAGGCAGAUUCGGUGUGGAUAAGACUCCGGGGAAGCUCAAAAGGUCGUCCUCGAUCGUGGGCACGAUGCCGAUUUUCUCGGAACAGGACGAGACUUCGGCGGCGAUUCAGCCGUUGGAUUUGACGACGCACACGUCGGGCUUGAAGAGAUCGACGUCUUUGCCGACGGAGAUGGAGGAGGAAUGGAGGAAGAGGAAGGAGAUGCAGAUGCUGAGGAGAAUGGAAGCUAAAAGGAGGAGAUGUGAAAAGCAGAAGAGUGGCAGAAGCAGUAACAGUGGCAAUUCCGACGGUCUAACGGCUUUACUGCAGAAAGAUCUGGGUUCAUCAAAGCAAGGGUCCGGCGAUUCCGACGGCGGAGGACGAAGAAGAGGUAGUUCCUCGAGCUUGUCGGAGCUGGAGAGCAAGAAUCAACAAGGAUCAUCAAACAAUUGUGGUGGGGAGGGAAGAAGCCUCAGUAUAAUAACAGGAUGUUCCUCUCAAGAGAGGACCGCCCGCGAGACAACGGAUCAGAAACCGGACAUAUCAGAAGCCAAAGCAGAAGAGACAGAGAAACCAUGGAAGGACAGAAAGGGAAAGGACAAGACGAGUGAAGUGCAGUUGGAGAUGCCUUGCGUCACCACGAAAGGGGAAGGACCGAACGGGAGAAGGAUCCAAGGGAUUCUCUACAAAUACGGAAAGGGAGAGGAAGUGAGGAUAAUGUGUGUCUGCCAUGGCAGUUUUCUUUCUCCUGCCGAGUUCGUGAAACAUGCUGGCGGAGGAGACGUAGAUCAUCCUCUUCGCCAUAUCGUUGUCAAUACCUCGACCUUCUCUUGAUCGCUCUUUGGAGAGGGACUGUUCAAAUUCGGUGUUGGUAGCCUUAUGUUCAUCUCUUUUCUCUUGGAUUUCUGCCUCGGCUCUGUAACUGUGUACUCUUCAUUGCAAUUAAUCCUAACGAGGAGAGAAUGUUUAAGA